AUGACCAACGUUCUGCUCAUCGCCUGCAUCAUCCUCAUCGCUUCGGGCGGUGCCAUGCAAGGAAGUACCAACAUAGAUGGCAUUGAGACCAGCAAGACCUUGCGCAGAGCUGCCACUUUCCUCUUACUGUUCAUCAACGUCAUCCUCGCACUCCUCAUCGGAUGGAUGUGGGUGCACGUGGCAUUGUCGCUAGCUUACGGGAACCCCAAAUCGGAAAGCCAGGUCAGUCCCGCGCGCGAAAUGGUUCGCGUCCUGAUUGGCGCCAAAGUCGACUGCGAGUCUGUCGAAUCCACUUCGAUCGAUGAUACGAUUGACCUCAAGACGAUCUUUUGGGGUGUCUAUGUCGUUCUAGAAGCAAUCUGCAUGACAUUCUUCGCGCGUUACAAUUGGCGCAGACUGCUUCCACCAUUUUGGGAGGAGGACGGCAGCGAGACGGGACCCUCCAAGCAAAACAGAUAA